CUACAAAACAUUAUCUCGACAAUUUUUCUCAAUGCAAUUUUUAAUACUUCUAAGCUAUCACAAAUUACCAUAUACGUCAAUUAGUUUGUCCUAGGACUGAACAUAUCCGCACUCUUCACACAAGCAACCUUUCAACCUAAUCAGACAAACGAAGAUUUAAUGAGCUCAUAAGCGAAAUUUUUAUGCCUCGCCAUAACUUGACAGCUAGAUUGCAUUAGAAGUGGCAACAUAAUAACAUGGCACUUGAAAAUUUGUCCCAAGACAAACUUAUACUUUAGAAAUCUAUUGUUACAAAUUUUCCUGCUUCAAAACAGCAGUUUUUUUUGUUAACAAAAGCUUAAAGCUUUGGCCUUGAGCGUCUCGAUUCCGGUUUUUCACACUGCCACACAGAUCCGUCAAAUAUAGUUUUGAACUGAUCGACACAAUACGAUAUUUUUGACAAUGGAGCCGAGUUCAAUUGCUGAUUCGGCUAGUCAAACAAUGCCAGUAUCUCAGAGACGAGUAAAAUUGCCCAAAUACAAUACGAACAAGUCUUUUAUUUGUUCAGAUUUGGCAGAUAUUGGGAUUAGCUGUAGGCGGAAACCAUGAAUAUUCGUUCCGCUCUUAAUGAGUUGCCCUUCGUUCGAGUAGACCUUAACUUCGUCAACAUGAAGCGAUCAAAAAGCACACAUGGAAUUCAAGUUUUGAGAUUUUUGGUAGUAUUUCUUCUGUUGAUAACAUUGCUAUCAGCGGAUGAACAAGUCAGCUAUCCUGAAGCAUGCUCACCACAAAAUAAUGACUGUUAUUUUGAACGCUAUGGAAACUUGAAGCUCCCGCGGAUAGAACCAAUACAGGUGGGACACAUUAGAACGUUGAAUUUAACAGGGGAAGCUGAACAUAAGAUGGUUACAGUAGCUAUAAAUCCUCCUAUAUUCGAAAUACCCAAUUUUCUUUCGGAAGAGGAGUGUGACCACAUUAUAAAUUUAGCAAAGAAGGAAGGCCUGCAGAUGUCACAGACUCUUAAAGGAGGAUUAAAGCAUGACACUUGGGCACUAGGAAAAAAUACAAAGAAGCACUUUGACCUGUGGGACCGGAACAAAGAUGGACAAAUCGACAUGGACGAGAUGGUUCACGGGCUAGAAAAUAAUUUGGACUUCUCUCCGGAUAACACGACCCUGCUGCAAAUGUAUUCAGCUCUAGAACUAGACAAAGAUAAAGACGGUGAGAAUUUUCAAAUCUCAAUUUUCUGCCAGGCUUGGUUUUUACAAAUUUAAUCAAUCAUAAAGCAAGCAAUAGCUCGUAACUGUCUCCUGGAUACAGUUUCUCUUUGAUCGUUUAAUUUGGUCGCGUACACCACAAUCUCAAUGAAUUGUUGACAUCUGAAAAGCCAGCACGUUCAAGUCUCUCUGCAGCAAUUUAGCAUUAAUUUUUCUUACCUCAGUUUAAUCGUAAAUUACUAUCG